GCGCUGCUGCGCCCUGCUCUGCUGUAACAGCAACAUCAGGCUGAUGGCUCCGUCAAAGCUCCGCUGCUCCGGAGCUGGUGCAGCUGCCAAGUAGCUUUACCGCAGCUGGAAGCUGGCAGCUCUGGUCGGGGGUUUCAUGGCUGUGGACUGAUGUUUGGAGCCAUGCGGCACCACUGGCUGCUCCUGGGGGCUUGUGGCUGGGUCCUGCUCAUCCUCAUGUUCGUCAGCAGGUUCAUCACCUUCAGAGCCGUGGACGAUUACAGGGAGAGACUGGGUCAGAGUUGGACUGUGGCAGGCAGCAAAAUGGUGAAACACAUCCCUGUGUCCAUCCCAGAAAGACAAGCUCCCAGGGCAUCACCUCAGCCCUCAGCGGUGCCUGCGGCGGCGGCGUACUGGCAGGAGGUUGCCGAGAAGCGAAUCGAGUCGCUAUCAGCCGUGUGUAAAAACAGCAGCCUCAGGAAUUUGACUCAUGUCUCCAUCAGCAAGUUCGUCCUCGACCGUAUCUUCGUCUGUGACGAACACAAGAUCUUGUUCUGCCAGACACCUAAAGUGGGCAACACACAAUGGAAAAAGGUCCUCAUUGUGCUCAACGGAGCUUUCCCAACUGUAGAAGAGAUUCCAGAAAACCUCGUCCAUGACCACGAAAAGAAUGGUCUGCCUCGCCUGUCUUCACUCUCUGCACAGGAAAUCACAGAAAGAUUAAACACUUACUUUAAGUUUUUCAUCGUGAGGGAUCCUUUUGAGCGACUGAUUUCUGCAUUCAAGGACAAGUUCGUGGCGAACCCGCGCUUCGAGCCGUGGUACAAGCACGACAUCGCUCCAGCCAUCAUACGGAAAUACCGCAAGAGCCACCGCAGCAGCAACCUCUCCGCCUCCGGCCUGCACUUUGAGGACUUUGUACGCUACUUGGGGGACGUGGAAGGCCGCCGGCGGACGGACCGCCAGUUCGGCGAGCACAUCAUUCACUGGGUCACUUACGCCGAGCUGUGCGCGCCGUGCGAAAUAAAUUACAGCGUGGUCGGCCACCACGAGACGCUAGAGCAGGACGCCCCUCACAUCCUCAAAGCGGCAGGCAUAGACCGGCUGGUGUCAUACCCGGCCAUUCCCCCGGGCAUCACCCGCUACAACAGGACCAAGGUGGAGCACUACUUCUCAGGCAUCAGCAAGCGGGACAUCAGGCGUCUCUACGCACGCUACCAGGGCGACUUCCUGAUGUUUGGUUACCCAAGCCCGGACUUUUUACUGAACUAAAAUGAUUAACACUGAUUAAAAGACUGCUUUUUAUAUAUAUAUAUAUAUAUAUAUAUAUAUAUAUAUAUAUAUAUAUAUAUAUAUAUAUAUUACACACAUACAAACUGACAGGUUUGUGCUGAUCGAGAACAUUUCAGAGGGUCUUUUUUAAAGAGGUGAUUUGACUGAAGUGCUCCUUCUGCAGACCUGCUGCAACUUAAUGAGUUGUCGCUUAAUGAGAUUCUGACCAAACUGUCAGGAAUAAGUUAAUAUAAAUAUCAAACACUGGUAUGAAUAAACAACAGGACGCAUUUUUUCUAUCUUAUAUUUAACGCUCAUGCCUGAAUUAUCCUUUUGUAAUUAUCUACAUGUGAGAGCGGUGGAUAAUUAAUGUAGCUACGAUAUUGCACUGUGUGGUCCAGAAGUUACAACAGUUUGUCCUGUCGGUGGAGAUAAUGGAUGACGCCAUAUGUGUCCUUUCUGUACUUCUUUCUAUGUCAAUUAAGGUUUACUGUGUCAGGGAUACGGAGACGUUUGGACAAAGGCUGAAGGAUGACGAUCCAAUCGAAUCUGAUUGAUCACUGGUAUUUUUCAUGGAUGUUUUUUAGAGCACCACAACACAAUUAACUUUUUACAUUUUUACUAUAAUUUUUUUUUCUUUGCCUCGUGAAAGGCACAUUAAAGCCUUUAAAGCCGUAAAUCGUUCUUCAGUUACAUUUUAACGGCAUAGUCAAUGUGCGAAAAGCCUUUAUGGAUGGUAGCUGCUCUUCCAGUUCUUCCAGUUAGUAAGAUGGGGAAAAAAACAAAAGCUAUUACAGUUAAACUCCGCUUGUGCAGCUGUCGAUGCUACUGAGACAUUAGCGGGAAGUAGCACUGAAUUUUAAAGGAUGAUUUACAUCAGAGUGUACUAUGUAAAUGUUCUUUACCUGACGUGCAAUUCAUCGUUUGUAUUUCAUGGUGUUAUUUAUAAUAUUAUUAAUUUGCUGACUAGUAGCACAAAAGGUGUCUGAUGUUUCACUACAGCCCCUUUUGAACGGCCGACUGUGUUGCAAAGACAACACUAGUUUCUAAUAAAAGUAU